AUGCCUUCUCUCAGAUCCUUCCUCUUGGCCUCAUUUGCCGUAGCUGGUGCUCUAAGUGCCGAUUGUAGUGGUGAUGUCUCUAUUGACAGCGAUGGCGAUGUUAGCAAGCUUGACAACUGUAACAGCUGGAAGGGAAAUGUUGCUGUUGGGACAGGAGUUGUUGCUCUCUCAAUAGCUUCUCUCCAGACCCUCAACGGGGACCUUACCAUCACUGGAGCCACUGGCCUCACCUCAAUCAGUGCUCCCAUGCUCCGCUCAAUCAGCGGGACCUGGACGAUGCAGGAGUUGACUAUCCUAUCCUCUGUCAGCCUUGCUUCUCUUACCUCGGUUGGAAACAUCAACUGGGUGACUCUUCCUGCUCUCAAGGCUCUGGAUUUCACCUCAGGAGUCACCAACUGCGACGAAGUCUUGAUCACUGACACCAUCCUCACUUCCCUUGAUGGAAUCCAAUUGCAAACUGCCACGAACUUCAACAUCAAUAACAACAAGUACUUGAAGGAGGUCAAUGUUGCCCUUGGAAACGUUUCUAAUGCACUCAACAUCGAAUUCAACAGCAAGGGUGUUAAUGUUGCGUUCCCCGACCUUGUCUGGGCAAAGAACAUCACCAUUCGUGACGCUGGAGUCGUGUCCUUCCCUAAGCUCGAGUCAGUCAACGGAACCAUUGCUUUCAUCAACAACACAUUUACCGAUGCCGCCUUCCCUGAAUUGACUGAGGUUGGUGGUUCUUUCGCCUUCAACAGCAACUCUCAGUUGUCAAAUGUUUCCGCCGUAAACCUCGAGACCAUCGGAGGUACUUUCCAGUUGGCCAACAACACCAAGCUUAAGGACAUUGACGGUUUCCCUGCUUUGACCACUGUUGACGGAUCCGUCGAUUUCUCUGGAAGCUUCACCAAUGCCACUCUUCCUUCUCUUGACGACGUCCGUGGAGGAUUGAACGUACAGACCACUGAGGAAUUCGACUGCACUGAGUUCAAGGGGUACAAGGACAGUGGUGUUAUCAAGGGUAACGGAUACACUUGCGAGGGAAAGCUCGAUGAGGCCAAGUCUUCCAGCGGUGGUUCUUCAACUUCAGGUUCCGGUAACUCAAGCGAUACGACCAACUCUGCUGCCCGCGCCGGUGUCAGCAUCGUUUCUCUGUUCGCUGCAUGCGCCGCCAUGCUGGUCUUGUAA